GGAGGGCCCUGGGCCAGCGGCUGCCUCCCCACCCCCUCUUAUAAAGGCCCGGCGGCCCUCGAGAAAGCCCGCACAGCUGCCCAGUCUGGGGAAACAGAGCAGCCCUGCCUUGUCACCUGCUCCCCUCACUGGCAGCUCAGACCAUGGGAGGCCCCCACCACGGCGUCUUUCUCCUCUUUCAUGUGCUGUGUGUCUCACUGACUCUGUUGGAAGUUGGAGUCCAGAGCACCAACGCCUGUGCUCGGUGGUGCCCUCCAAACUCCUCAUGUGUCAACAGCACUGCCUGCCGCUGCCUUCCGGGAUUCAGUGCUUCAUCUGGGGAGGUCUUCACCAGCCCCUCGGACAGCUGUGAUGAUAUCAAUGAGUGUGCACCACCCUUGGCAGUGUCCUGUGGAAAAUAUGCAGAUUGCCAGAACACGGAAGGAGGCUACCACUGCACAUGCAUCCCAGGAUACGAGCUUGCUUCUGGGGCACCAACGUUCAGGAAUGAGAGUGAGAACACCUGUAAAGACGUGGAUGAAUGUCAGCAGAAACCGAAAAUCUGUAAAAGUCGCAGCAUCUGCAUCAACACCCAGGGCAGCUACACCUGCCAGUGCCUACCCGGCUUCAAGCUCAACCCAAGGGACCCAAAGCUGUGCACAGAUGUGAAUGAAUGUACCGCGGGGUCAAACCCAUGUCACAACUCCACCCACUGCUUCAACCUCGUGGGCAGAUAUGAAUGCCGCUGUCGCCCUGGCUGGAAACCGAUUCCUGGGUCCCCCAACGGCCCAAACAACACCAUCUGCGAAGAUAAGGAUGAGUGCAGCUCCGGGGAGCAUCAUUGUCACAACUCCACCAUCUGCACCAACACUGUGGGUUCAUAUGCGUGCCACUGCCGCCGAGGCUGGGUGCCCAAACCCGGGUUCCAGAAUAAGAAAAAUACCACCGUUUGCGAAGAGGUCUCCUUCCCCACCUGGACGCCACCCCCUGGAAUCAAGAGCCAAAGUCUCUCCCUUUUCUUUGAAAGAGUCCAGAAUAUGCGCAGAGACUUCAAGGCAGACUUGACCCAGAAAACCAUGAAGGACCUCAUCAUGUCACUGGAUGACCUGCUGAAAACCCCCGGAGAUCUGGAGGCCCUGAACCUAUCUUCCAGGCACCAGACAGCCACCAGCCUUCUCACAGGCCUCGAAGAAAUCCUGAGGACACUGGGAAAAGCCUUCUCUAAUGACUCCUUCACCUUCUAUUCCCCUGGGGGCACAGUGCUGUCUCUGGUGGUCCAGGAGCCGGGGAGUGGAAACAUCACCGUGGGCCAGAGCCAUGCACGGAUGCUGCUGGACUGGGCUGUGGCAGCUGGAGCUGGGAAGUCUGACCCCACCGUGGUAGGGAUCCUCUCGAUCCCGAACAUGCAGAAACUGCUGUCCAACUCCUCCUUGGACCUGGACUUGGAGAAGAAAGCUAAGUUGGAAGAGUGCUAUGAAAGUUCUGUCCACGGCGCCCAGCUCAGGCUUCUCUCCGCUGUGAACUCAGUCUUUCUGAGCAACACAAACACAGAUAAACUCGACUCCCCUGUCACCUUCGCCUUCUCCCAUCUUCCUGGGACUCAAGAGCAGAAAGAGCACGGGCCACGGGAGGAGCGGAUCUGUGCCUUCUGGAAGCAUGACGGCAGCAAUGGUGGACACUGGGCCACCUCGGGCUGCAGGAUUCUGGGCAACGGGAAUGAUAGCACCACCUGCCAAUGCAAUCACCUGAGCAGCUUUGCCAUCCUCGUGGCUCACUACAACGUGGAGGACCCGAAGCUGGCCCUGAUCACUAAGGUGGGCCUGUCGCUGUCGCUGGUUUGCCUGCUGCUGUGCAUUCUCACCUUCCUGCUGGUGCGGCCCAUUCAGGGCUCGCGCACAACCGUGCACCUGCACCUCUGCAUCUGCCUCUUCGUGGGCUCUGCCAUCUUCCUGGCGGGCAUCGAGAAUGAAGGCGGCCAGGUGGGGCUGCGCUGCAGCCUGGUGGCCGGGCUGCUGCACUACUGGUUCCUGGCUGCCUUCUGCUGGAUGAGCCUUGAGGGCAUGGAGCUUUACUUCCUGGUGGUGCGUGUGUUCCAAGGCCAAGGCCUGAGAAAGCGCUGGCUCUGCCUCAUCGGCUACGGCGUGCCCCUGGUCAUCGUGGUUAUCUCAGCCAUUUUUGCAGCCAUCUACAAGGAAGGCUAUGGCAAUGCCCUCUACUGCUGGUUGUCCCACAAGCAUGGCUUCCACUGGAGCUUCCAGGGACCUGUGACCUUCAUCGUUUUGUGCAAUGCUGUCAUCUUUGUGACUACUGUCUGGAAACUCACUCAGAAGUUUUCUGAAAUCAACCCAGACAUAAAGAAAUUAAAGAAAGCCAGGGUGCUGACCAUCACAGCCAUUGCCCAGCUCUUCGUGUUGGGCUGCACCUGGGUCUUCGGCCUGUUACUCUUUGACCCACGGAGCUGGGUCCUGUCCUACAUCUUCACUAUCCUCAACUGCCUGCAGGGCUUCUUCCUCUUCCUGCUAUACUGCCUGCUCAACAAGAAGGUGAGAGAGGAGUACCGGAAGUGGGCCUGCAUGGUCACCAGGAACAAGUAUUCAGAGUUUGCCACAACCACAUCUGCUUCCAGCUCCAGCCACAGUCAGACUCGGGCACUCAGGCCGUCGCAGUCCGGCAUGUGAAGGCAUAGUUCUGGCCAGGACAGCAGCUCCUGUGGCCUCAGCAGCUUUUGCACAUGCUGAAGACCGUCCUCUCCUCUCCCACUGUUCUGCUCCCUCUGCUCUCCUGCCUUGGUCCCCAUAUGCACCGUGGAAAGGAGGGUGACAACUGCCAUGUGGCACCAAACCCCAGAAUAGCUAGCAAGGAUGGAAAAGCUGGAUCUACUAGGCCUGCUUCUGGCUGCCUCUCUGCUCCAGCCCCGCCAGGACCCAGGGUAGGAGCAGAAACUGACCCACGGCCGCAGCCCCUUGCCCUGGGUACACCAGGCCCAGACUGAGGGCUCCUAUGCCCAGCCUGGUCCUUUCCCUCCUGUGUCUUUGCUGCAGAACAAGAGGUCAGGGUGCUGGGACUCAGCUUCCCAGUUAAGCUAAGACUGAGGUCAGGGGUGGGAGAAGGGCAAGGCCCUUCCUGGCCCCUCACUGAGGCUCACGGUACAGAAGCCCACCUGUCCCCAAGACAGAGGGUUAUCACUGUUGUGAAGGUUGUGGACAUUGCAUAAUGUUUUUUUUUUUUUUUUAUCUGUAUAAACCUGUCGGUGUUGACACUUAAAAUUAAAUAUCAUGCUGAUAUUGAA